GUUAUUGGCAGAUGUGAGGCCAAUGCUGUGGUGCUGCGAGCCGUGCGUGCUGGAGCAGGGCAGAGAGGAGCGUUUCUCUGAGGGAGAAGUUGGCUGGAGGUGCUGAAGAUGGCGGAUGGAGACAGUGGGAGCGAGCGCGGUGGCCUCCAGCACUUCCAGCGGGAGCAGGAGACACAGGAGCUGGCGUCCAAGCGCCUGGACAUUCAGAACAAGCGCUUCUAUCUGGACGUCAAGCAGAAUGCGAAGGGCCGCUUCAUCAAGAUAGCGGAGGUGGGCGCCGGGGGCUCCAAAAGCCGCCUGACUCUUUCCAUGUCCGUGGCGGCCGAGUUCCGCGACUACCUCGGGGAUUUCAUCGAGCACUACGCCCAGCUGGGGCCGAGCAGCCCGGAGCAGAUCGCGCAGUCGUCCGGCGGCGAUGACGGUGGCCCGCGGCGGGCGCUGAAGAGCGAGUUUCUGGUGCGGGAGAACCGCAAAUACUACCUCGACUUGAAGGAGAACCAGCGCGGGAGGUUCCUGCGCAUCCGCCAGACCGUCAACCGAGGUCCCGGCUUCGGCGUCGGCGGAGGGGGCGGUCCCGGCGGCAGCGUGCAGGCCGGCCAGACCAUCGCGCUGCCGGCGCAGGGCUUGAUCGAGUUCCGAGACGCGCUGGCCAAGCUCAUCGACGACUACGGCGGGGAGGACGAGGAGCUCAGCGGGGGCCCCGGGGCCGCGGGGGGCUACGGCGAGCUCCCCGAGGGCACCUCCAUCAUGGUGGACUCCAAGAGGUUCUUUUUCGACGUCGGCUCCAACAAGUACGGCGUGUUCCUGAGGGUCAGCGAGGUCAAGCCUAGUUACAGGAACUCCAUCACCAUCCCCUUCAAGGCAUGGGGGAAGUUCGGGGGAGCCUUCUGCCGCUACGCCGAGGAGAUGAAGGAGAUCCAGGAGAGACACCGGGACAAGAUGUACGAGAGGAGAGAGGAGUCCGAGGGCGAGGACGUGGACGACGACUGACACCAGGAGACGGCCGGGCGUGUGAAACAAUAAGUGCAUGAACUGAACUCAAAUAGCCUACUAAAAUAUUCAUCGGACAGAAAAAUAGAUCUGUGAAGUUUCUAUGUGGUGAGGGUUUGGGGAGGGGGGUCGUAUGUAUUGAAGCCAUGGGGCCAAGGAAGUCUCGUGGGGUUUGAUUUAUUCCCAAUGCUGCCCUGUCCUGUGAAACCAGCAAGUUUAAUUGUCUUAGCUAACAAUUAAACCUUUGUUACAUCAACGCCAAGGCUGCUGAAUCUCAAAAGCCAGGCUAUAAGGGUGCAUACUGUCCAACAUGUUUUUAGAGGGGAGAAAUUUAGUAUAUACAGUAUAUAUAUAUAUAUACAUAGCAUCACUGGUCUUCAUGGUGUGUUUCCUACCAAGGCAGCAUGGGACUUUCAGAGCGUACAUCAGUUGUGUUUUUUUUUUCCUUUUUUAUUUUAGGGUUUUUGUUCUUGCAUCAACAUAACUUUAAUAAUGGCCAACUGCAGUGAAAUAUUGUUUUCUAAAAUUCAGAUUUGAAGCAUUUGACCCCUGAUUUUGUUUGUCUGUCUCGCCUGAGACUUUUUAAAGGAAUUAAUGACGAAUACGGUUGCUUCAUGCACAUCAUCCCGCCGGUGCUAUAAACUGACACGAUGAACCAGUGGGAUAUUUUAGUUUUGGGGUCAAUGUACGAAAAGCUUUGUCUUUUUCAGACUCGGGUCCAAGUCCCCUCUGAAUAUUUAAGGACAGUGAUAUUAGUUCUAAUAUAAAGGACAGAGCGACACGGGCGAGUGCAUUUCCACCCCGUCCCCUUUUGCGUUGUCUUUUUUUACGUGAGAUUGUUCUUUAUCAGAGAAUACGAAAACAAACCAGCAUAUUUUUGAAUACGCAAAGUAAAAAUUAUAUAUGAACUACAGAAAUAUUAAAGCUCAAAAAGCUAAUUUUGUAAAAAAGAUAAGCUGGGAUUGGAAGACUGUCCAGUGUAUUUGUUUUGUGGAAGACUAUAUGAGAUUAGCCUUGCGAAACGUCGCCCUCCCAAGCUCCUCCCACAACCUUUUUGAGUUUACAGCACGCACUUCAUUACGUUUUCUUUCUACGAUUAAUAUCAGACGUCUUUUGGUCUCGUGCGUCCAUUUCCGUGCAUGCCCGUCCCGCAUUUGCCUUUUAUUUAAUUUAUUGCUUUAGUAUCUGCAGCUAUAUUAAUGCGAGAUUUUUGUUUAGCCUCUCACCAAAAAAUAUGAUUAAAGUAACCAAGUAGACCAGUGGGUUAUGAUGGAGAAAGAUUGUUAACGUCAAACACAUUUCAUCCAUGCACUUUAGCAAAAACUCAAAAUGCGAUAUGCUUGCAUCCACGGCGAAGAAUUUUCGUUCAUGUUUUGGGAGCAACAGUGUUUAGUGCUGAUUGUGUGGCAGCUGUCGAAGUCAUGUGUACUGCUGUGAUCCUUCCUAAAACGCAAGGCGGACGAAUUGCAUCCUAUGUUAUGAAAUAUUCUCACACGCUCUUAUCUGCUGGCCGCAGAAUUGUUAACGGAUGCCAAUCUCGGCGCUCGUUUUCUGUACUUCCACGAUCGCAGCAGCUGUUUCUCCUCAACGGCUCGCUGACUUAGCAGGCCGGCUAUUUUAAUGCGAGAAGCAUGAAGAGGGCGAGCAUUCCUGGAUUCAGCUGUGCCGUUUGCUCUGAAGUGCGCCGAGGCACAAGGGCCCGAUUGUUGAGCCGUUUGCACGCUACUGCAAAUGUUAUUACAUCAGCAGGCUGCAUUCGCUGCACGUGAUCGCAUAGUAGAGAAAAACCUGUCAGCGUUGAGUGCUUUCUGUGCAACCUUAAAAAACAGGCCCUGGUUUUGGCAGCCUAUAGAAAGCGUGACACAGCAGCUGUUGGCAGGACAUUCUUGCGUUUCCCCCCGCCUGCCCCCCUCCUCAGCUGCUGUUCGGGUUGCUCCGCUAAACUGAGCAUUUGUAGACGGGAGGCACCAUUCGGGACUCGAGGGGGGCUGAGUUGGCUUUGUAACACGACUCGCUGCUCGCUUUAGGAAGGGGAUUUGCCAUGUUUUAGCACUUGAGCAGCGUUUGUAGAUCACGUGUGCAUUCAUUUCGAUUGUAUGACCCAUCAGUACUAUUAGCGAAUGUGUCAUCUUGAAGAACUGAGAUCGUUGACUUGUUUUGAAAUGCAGAUGACAACAAAAAGCCAUUUUAAAGCAUUUUUUCUUCACUUUGAGGGAUACCGAUGCAUUAAAACCCUCUAAGGCUGCUAAGCUUCAAAGUGGAGUUGAAUAUCGCAGCACUUUUCAUUUAACCUGUCCAUUUAAAACAUGGAAUCGGGCACAAAUCUCUCGCAGAACACCAGAAAUGGGCUUUCUUUCGACUGAACUUGGCUGUGUUUAUUUCAGAUGUGUUAUAUAUAUAUAUAUAUAUAUAUACAUAAAUAUAUAUGUGAGAAUAUGUGCUGUAAAAGUUUGUGUUUUGUUUCCGCCUUAUUGUCACUAAAAAAAACAACAACACGCAUCAGGGACAGGAAGCAAUACUCAUCCAGAGGGAUGAGAUUAUGAGUUCAUUUCCCGUCAGAUCUCACAAUUGGCCGAUUUGUCUUCCUGUUUCCUGAGGUUGGGAUUUGUGCAAAGAUCUGUGGGGCACCGCAUACUUUUCGAGUGAACAAUACCUCUGUAUCACUGUACGAACGAUUGGAAAAGCUGAAAGAAUGUUCUGUUAUUCCAGGUGACUCACCCGAGCUCUUAACAGCAUCCAUGUGUUCAACCACUGUCGACCACGUUUUCCUGACCGUACGCACAAGAGCAGCAAUUCAUAGAACAAUCUUUAUCGAAAGGUAGCUAUUUUUCCGAUAUCCUAUGUGUUCAGCAGAGAUUUUAACGUUGGAAUGCCCUCGUCUGGUUUAAACUCAGGUUUAUGGCAUUCUCCGUAUAUAUUUGCGAGAUUCAUUUUCUAUCUGUUACUUGAUACUGACGUUACGGAGUGAGUUCAUGGCUACUGCAGGACACUGUCAAGAGCUCAGGUCUCAGAUACUCAAAGUAUCUCCACCCAUCCCAUCAAGCCCUGCCCCCUCAUACUCGACUGCCUCUAUCAGAAUGGGCAGCCUUACAUUUUUUUUCCCAUGGCUAAACCUUUUUCUUUUUCUUUUUUUUUCUGGAGAUUUACAAUUCUAUAUUUAGAAAAUGCUAUGUAUGUUUGUAACAGAAUAAAGGAAAUUAUAAAUGAUGGAAAGCAAA